ACGAGCCGAUUCCCUCCAAUUUUAUCUCCCCUCCUCCUCCGAGGUUUCUGCUGUACUUUGGAUCACGUUUCAGUUUCGUUACAAACAAUGCCUUUGCUCAGUCUCACGCGGAUUAUCUAAUUCUCUCAAAACCCUAGCUCACAAAUUGUAGUCAAUCGGCCACUGAAAAUUGGGCGUAAGCGUAAAUUCAUGGAGAGUCCGGCUGAGCAAGCGGGGAAUGCGACGGAGGUUGGCUCCUCUGAGAUCGGCAAACGGGAGCUUAGAAGUGUUCGCCGCAAACUGGUACAGUCCACGCUGCUUCCUCAUAAGCCUCAAGAACAGGAAGAAAACGGAGGAGGUCCAGACGAGGAGAACAAUUGCGUCGAGGAUGAGGAAUUGUGCGGAAGUCAGGGCAGGAAGAAAAGGGAGUCGAAGGGAAAGACGACGCCUCAAUCGAGAAGCUCGAAGAAGAAACAGGCAAAGGGGAAGCGAGCCGUAAACUUGACGCCAAAGAAAAUUUUACACACUGACGAGGCAUCUCCGACAAUUCCCGACUUGCGGCAGGAGGCGAAAAUGAUCGCUGAGGAAAAUUCACGGAUGUUUGCAGGAAGGCAAAUACAUCCCUUUUUCUCAUCCCUAAAAGCAGGGAGGAAAAGUCAAGAGGCAACUCAAUCGGUAGAGAGAGGGUGCACUGUUGAGAGAAAGGAAAGUGGAACCGAUUGCAAUCCAAUCCACGUUUAUGAUAGAACUGGGGAUGAUGAAUUAUCUCCAGACUGGAAAAACUGGACAUUCCUUGACGGAAAUGUUGUAAAUAAUGUCCAUACAUUACAAAACACUUGUUCAUCAGUAUUUGAAGUCUCUGUUAAGUCUUUAUGUUUAGACGACAUUCCAAUUGUGUUGCAAUCAUCCAAUUCUGCUCCUGGUGCGAAUAAGGACCCCAUGAAUAAUGGUUCCAUCGAGCAAGAGCCCAUUCAAGAGAUAAUGUCAACUGCAUCCACUGUGGUUGCUGACAAGGGCGUGAUGCUCCAUCACCUCCUAAGUAGUGCAGAAGUGGAUGGUGACCUGGAUAAAACAUGUGGGCUUAGUGAUUCGGAAGCAAGGCCAACCGUUGAGCAUCAAAGUAGAUUUCUUCAGGACAGAAUGCAGUCCUACUACCUUCGUUGUCAAAGCCAUCCAAAGAAUUGUUUAUGGACGUACAAAUAUCAGCCGAAGAUGGCCACGGAGGUUUGUGGUAAUCUAGAAUCAGUGAAAUUUAUGAGUGAGUGGCUACAUCUCUGGUACGAAAGAAAUUCACAGAACAACAGAGAUUUUGCUGUGGGAAAUAAAUUCCAGAAGCAAGAUAACAGUGGUAACUGUUCUCAGAGUGAUUCCGAUUAUGAAGGUCUAGAUGGAGAAGAUAGCCUGAAGAAUGUUCUCCUUGUCACUGGUUCGUCUGGGAGUGGGAAAUCUGCAGCUAUUUAUGCUUGUGCUGAAGAGCAUGGUUUCAGGGUUUUUGAGUUCAGUGCAUCUGUCAUUCGAUCGGGAGCUGUUCUCAAGCAGAUGAUUGGAGAGGCUUUACAAUCUCAUCAGCUAAAAUGGGCAGUAAAAAGUUCCCAGGGGUCGAGGAACAAGUUCGUUGAUAAAUCUCCCUCUCUUCAAGCGAAUACAGCAGCCAAAAAUUUAACCAAUGAGGUGAUUGAACUCAUCUCUUUAUCAGAUGAUGAUUCUGAUAAUAUUAAGGGUGUUGGAGAAUUUGAAUACAUCGUAGCUGAAAGCACCAAUAACCAUGGUGAUGCUAAGCCUUUAAUUCUUUUAGAGGACGUGGAUAUCAUUUUCCUUGAGGAUCGUGGUUUUAUUUCUUCAAUACAAGAGAUCGCUGAUACAGGAAAGGGACCAAUAAUAUUGACCAGCAAUAGUAGCGAUCCUGUUCUUCCAGAUAAUUUGGACAGGCUACAGGUUUCUUUUAUACGGCCAUCAUCAACAGAACUACUCAGCCAUUUAUAUAUGAUAUGUGCUUCUGAAGGAGUCAACAUCCAACCAUGCUUACUCGAGCGCAUUAUUCAUUGUUACCACAAAGAUAUACGGAAAACCAUCAUGCAUCUUCAGUUCUGGUGCCAGGGUAAAGGAUUUAGAGAUAAAAUCCAGAAGAAGUAUGGCUCACUUUUAUUUGAUCUUGAUGCUGGCCAUCAGAUACUACCGGUGAUAAUGCCAUGGAGUUUCCCAUCUCAGUUAUCAGAGCUAGUUGACAAAGAGAUCACAAAGAUGUUAUUAAGAAUGGAAACAACUUCUAGCUUGUUAGAGGCAAGUGAAGGUGAAUUUUAUGAAGAGGAACAGCGGAAUGGUCUGAAUUAUCAAAAUUAUGAAGACAGCUAUCUUCUAGAGGCCAAGAAGGUUGCAAUGUUGAGUAGGAACGGUUCAAUUAACAAUCACAAUGAAUUUGCUGUUGAGUUUGAUGCUGCACAUGAGCGUUCUGAUACUUCAGGAACCCCUAUUCCUUUAUCUAAGCAUAAGCGCCGAAGGCUUGAUAUGGUCGUGUCUUCUGAUUCUGAGGAUGAGCCUAUCAACAAGGAAUGUUCUCUAGUACCAAAUAAAGAUGACAAUAUGUUAUCUUCUCACUGUCCAGCAUCUCAAAAUUACUCAAGCCCAUUACAUGAGCUGCUUUAUCUUACAGCAGAUACUAUUAAUGAAGAUCAUUAUCCAUGUUCAGAAACUGCAGGCAGUAUACAUGUGAAUGAGAUGUCCAUGUCUGUCAAUACCUCAUAUGUACCAGAAUCGUUAUUUGUUCCUGAGACUGAAAUUGAUGAUAUGUUUCCCAAAAUGGAAUCUAAUGGUGAUGCUGGUGCCAAUCCAGAAACUUCUGUGAAUAAGUUUUUUCUGGAUGUGUUAUCAGUUGAAGCCAACAGUUUUGAUUCACCUACAGAUACUGUAAAAGAAACUACUGCUGCGUUGGAAAAUACUUGCAGUAUAUUUAAUUUAUCUCACCAAGAGAUGGAAGGAUUUUCUUGUAAUGGACACGUGGAAAACAUUAUCAGAGGGUAUCCUGUGAUGGAUGAGUGCAGCCGAGUAGACUUUAACAAGUCCAACUUUGUAGAGAAGCCUGAAUUGAAGGUGUCGGGUGAUUUAGUGCAUGAGUUGUGGAAGCAGCUUCGCCUUCAUCACUUCGAUCUUCUUAGACAUCAUGUUAUGUUAGAAAAGCGAGAAAACCUUCAGAUCAUUGAACUAGUUCAUAGAAUGAGCCAUCUAAUUUCAGAUUCGGACCUGUUGCUUUCUUCCUGCCGACCACAAGAUAUUUCAGAGAGGCCAAGUUUUGUAUCUGAGGAAUCAGACUCAUUAUGCUGGGGAGGUCAGCAAUUGCAGAUGGCAUCAACAAUUUCUCAGCAUGGAUUUUGCUUCUUUGCAAGUGAUAUUGCUACCACCAGUUCAAGUGUGGGCUUGGAUAGCAGGUUGGAUAUUGUAUCAGAGAUGCUUGCCUCUGCGACUAAUACAGCAGCAUUGGGUAAACUAAUGAGGCGUAAUAUGAUGGAAAGUUCCUCUUCCGCUAAAAAGAUUUCGGAACUGAGACUUCCAGUAAAUAAUCACAUGCCAGAGAGGAAUACGAAAUCACGCCUCUUCAAUGUAAUUCAGAGCGUGGCUCCUGGAAGAUCAUAUUUGGCAUUGAAAGGUGGUCCGUUCUUUGAAUAUCUUUCUACAUUGCGCUGCAUUUCAAGAUCAGAGACUUCACGCAUAUCAAAAGGCACUGAUAAGACAAAAAGACGGAGGGGGCGGGUUGCCCGACACUACUUGAGUACUGGUUCGCAUCUGUUCUCCCCUGAAGAUAUAGCAUUGCUGGGUCAAUCUAACCUUCCAUAUAAAGAUAUUCUCAGAUGUUGAUGCUAUUUUCAGCAAAACUUCGUUCCAAAGGAAUACUAACAAGACUGAGACUGCUUCUUCACAAGUACACUCAGCUGCAUAAGACGAUGAUACAAUUGCAAGGAUUUACAAAGUGGCAACACAAGAUUUGUGAUGUAUGCUUGAACAUAGAGAUUUACAGAAUAUUUGUAGUAGGAUUUGGCAUGGCAAAAAUGGCAGAUGAACAAUUAGUUUCUAUUUGAAAGAUGCAAAUUCAUGAACCACUUCUAUUACACUUGCACCUUCCCCUCAAUCCUAAACAAUUAGUUUCAAUUUGCCAAAAUACUUAU